GAAGGGCAUCUCUGCCGCUAUCUACCGGCCGGAUCUCCAGGAGGAGGCGAGAGACGAAAUCAGGGGCUUCGAUGGCUUAUCGAUUGGCGUUACGGCCGGAGACCUUCCUCUGCGUCCCUCAACUGAGCGGGCGCCGGAAUGCCAGAUCGUACAGGGCGCGGAUGGCCUCCGACAGGAAUUGUGCGGUAUGGCUAGUGAAGAUUCAAUUUUUGGACGUUUUAGAUGCGCUCGUCUUUACGGACUGUUCUAGAUGAUCUUGAUCCAAUGCUGGAGGCGUUGUGGUGUAGAACCAUUGAGAUUCAUGUUCUAAGCGUUCUAGAUGUGCUUAUUUUGGUAGGGUGGAUGCUCCAAAAAGGCCCUUUACCCCUCCCCGCGAGGUACAUGUUCAAGUUACCCAUUCCAUGCCGCCCCAGAAAAUCGAGAUUUUCAAAUCAUUGGAGAAUUGGGCGGAGAACAAUAUAUUGGUGCACCUGAAGUCCGUAGAGAAAUGUUGGCAACCACAGGAUUUUCUUCCACAGCCUUCAUCCGAGGGUUUCUAUGAGGAGGUUAAAGAGCUGAGGGAGCGCUCUAAGGAGAUUCCUGAUGAUUAUUUUGUUUGCUUGAUUGGAGAUAUGAUUACGGAAGAAGCUCUUCCCACUUAUCAAACAAUGCUGAACACUCUCGAUGGCGUUAGGGAUGAAACCGGUGCAAGUCUUUCUUCUUGGGCAAUCUGGACCAGGGCUUGGACUGCUGAAGAAAACAGACAUGGUGAUCUUCUAAACAAAUACUUAUACUUGUCUGGAAGAGUGGACAUGAAACAAAUUGAGAAGACGAUUCAAUAUCUUAUUGGUUCGGGAAUGGACCCCAGGACAGAGAACAACCCAUUUCUUGGUUUCAUCUAUACCUCAUUCCAGGAGCGAGCUACCUUUAUAUCCCAUGGAAACACUGCUAGACUUGCUAAGGAGCAUGGGGAUCUCAAAUUGGCACAGAUAUGUGGAACAAUUGCAUCAGACGAGAAGCGCCAUGAAACUGCAUACACUAAGAUAGUCGAUAAACUGUUUGAGAUAGAUCCAAAUGGCACGGUUCUUGCAUUUGCUGACAUGAUGAAAAAGAAGAUCUCGAUGCCUGCUCAUCUGAUGUAUGAUGGUCGUGACGACAACCUUUUUGAGCACUUCUCAGCAGUUACCCAGCGGCUUGGCAUCUACACAGCCAAGGACUACGCGGACAUACUGGAGUUCCUCGUUACAAGGUGGAAAGUAGGCGAGUUAACAGACCUCUCUGGCAAAGGAAACCGAGCUCAGGACUUCCUUUGCACUUUAGCUCCAAGGAUCAGAAGGCUCGAGGAGCGAGCACAGGGAAAGGCCAAGAAAGCACCGACCAUACCUUUCAGUUGGAUUUACGACAGACAAGUGCAGCUAUGAAAAAUCAGCAAGAUUUUAUCUUUUGAUGUUUUCUUUUUACCUGUGAAUAAACUACUGGUUUAGCUCAGUGCAAGAAUGAAUGCCUGUGGGUUUAUGUUUCUUCAUGGUGAAUUUUCUAUUGAUUCUAAUUCAUAAAACUUGCUUUGAGGCAGCUUUCAAUUCAUUUUUGAAAUAAAACAUCUAUUCCAAA